AUGCCACCUGCCAUACUAGCUGCACGGUGCAACAAACUCCCCAGCAACAGUUCUUCACUUCUUAUGGAUGCCACAGUGGGCAAGAGUUUUCAUCCUUGGGAGAAUAUUUCUCAAACAACCCCCAAUCCAUUUGUCGCUAGGUUCUCAGAGAGCCGCCACUCUCGCCAAGACUUCAACCACCAGAGGUCCACAGUGACGUCACCGUGUAACCAGUUAUGUCGAGGAGGCCGUGUAACAUCAUCUCCAGUGGAUACUGGCCAGAUUCCUUUCACGAGCAAAGUCCACACAGAGUUAACUCAUUUAGACACUACGUACUCCCAAAAUGGGAUAGGUUCUUCCCCUAACAAAAGUUGGGUUUUUAACAUGGGUAAGAGUAGAUUUCCUUAUGGAGGAGUAAAACGAGAGGUAUCUUCCACUAGCUGGGCGGAUAUGCAAACUCCCUCGGGCUCGUGGUUCGAGAUAUCAGGGACAUCUCCUUUGCUGCAAGGACAGAUUUCCACUAACUAUACAGGAGGUGGAUAUAGUUACACCCCACCUCUUGUAGCAGCCACGAUCACAGGUCAUCUACUUACAACUGGUCAGCACCCACAUCAAGACACGCGCAGGCCUAUAAUAACUACGGCUCAGGAGUUGGGUGCUCUACCAUUCGGCCCUUCCCAGCCCAUACUUUCACAAAUACUGUCCCAUCGAUAUGAACGUCAGUACACAAGGCGUGUCACGUGUCACUGUCCUAACUGCCAGGGAGUUGAGAGGCUGGGACCCGCUGGAACUCACCUGAAAAAGAAAACUCACACUUGCAAUAUUCCGGGAUGUGGGAAGAUGUAUGGGAAAACGUCUCACCUCAAAGCUCACCUUCGUUGGCACACUGGUGAACGUCCCUUUGUGUGCAACUGGUUGUUCUGUGGGAAGCGUUUCACUAGGUCGGAUGAGCUUCAUCGUCACCUCAGGACUCACACUGGAGAGAAACGAUUUGCUUGUUCGAUUUGUGGCAAACGAUUUAUGCGGUCCGACCACCUGAGCAAGCAUGCUAAGACUCACAAUGGCCGCGGCACUAAGAAGAAGGGAAGUAGCAAAGAGACUUGUAGCGACUCAGAAAACAGUGGGAGGAAGCCGCCUCGUAUCUGCUCUCCUAGUUCUAUAAAUAUCCAGAAUCUCACCCACCCCCACCCAGACAGAGAGAUGAUUAAAACCUGCCGUGGUCAGUAUACUCAAACCUGUGAAACAAGCGACUUCACCUGA